GCAACACGGAUAUAAAGACCGAAUUCCGCGCCGUAUUUUCUGUCUCGGAAAAGGCGAUUUCUAGCAAACGCUUUGAAAAAAAAUCACUUUUGAAAAUGGAAAAUUCCGUCUGGUGAAGAUAUAUUAAUCUAGGGGAUUGGUUAAAGCCAAAACUGUCGACAUGUCUGUGCGCAAGUUAGACGACCUUCAUAAUGGAGACUCUGAGGCAACUCCUGUCUCGAGUCAGAAAAGGAGGAGGACAUCUUAUUCGGACAGCUCCUACCUCACUGAAAUGAAGAUGACACAGGAAAGUGCUUCAUGUGGGAUAUUAGAGCGUGUCAUUGUUAAAAACUUCAUGUGCCAUGACCAUCUCGAAUUUACAUUCUCCCCAAAUAUCAACUUUGUCCAGGGUCGGAAUGGCAGUGGGAAGAGUGCUAUUCUGACAGCAGUAGUAGUUGGUUUAGGUGGGAAUGUGAGAGCAACAAAUCGUGGCAACAGCAUGAAAGAACUUGUGAAGUAUGGAAAAUAUACAGCCACAAUUGACAUCCACAUCAAGAAUGUGGGCAGGGAUGCCUAUAAACAUGAUAUCUAUGGUGACUGCAUUAUUGUGGAACGAAAGAUUAUGUCAUCUGGAGGUGGAAGUUACAGGAUUAAAGCUAAGAAUGGGACAGUGGUGUCAACGAAAAAGGACGAGAUUGUGCGCAUGUUAGACCAUUUCAACUUGCAAAUAGAAAACCCAGUAACUGUAUUGAAUCAAGAUAUGUCACGUUCAUUUCUCAAUUCUACGGAUCCUCAUGAUUUAUACAAAUUUUUCUUGGAGGCCACUCAGCUGCAACAGAUGAGAGAUAAUUACACUUACCUACAAGAAGCCCUAAGAUCAUCUUUAGCAACUAUAGAAGGCAGGAAAGAGGAUCUCCCUUAUUUAAAGAAAGAAGUAGAAGAGCAGCGUUCUCGUUAUGAAUUUAGCAAGUCUCUUGCUGACAAGCGGAACAAACUUCGGGAAUUAAGACGUGAAUUGAUGUGGGCUGUGGUACGUGAAGCAGAAAAAGAAGAAGAAGCUACAGUGCAAAAGCUAGAGGCCCAUGAAGCAUUAUGUAAUAAAUUGCAAGAAAAGAUAACAUCCUAUCAAACUAACUUUGAAGAGGAGCAGCAACAGCACAAAGCACUUCAAGAAGAACUGGCCAACCGCACAAACCAGCUCUCCAAUCAAGCCAAAGAGACAAAGGCAGCCAAUGAGCAGAUGGUAAAGGCUAAGGCAAUGCUGAAGGACCAGCAAAUGCAGGCUGCCACAGCUGAAAAGAAGGUCAAGAGCAUUCAAAAGGAGAUCUCUGAGUUGAAGGAAGCCAUAGAGAAGGAUAACAGUGCAGCACAAAAUAACUGGGCAGCUCAACGUGCAGCAAGGUUGGAGAAAAUAGAGAACUUUAAAAAGGAAAUGCUGGAAAUACACCAAAGUAUGAAGACAGAGGACACCCAUCACAGCAACAUCACUAAUACAAUGGAACAUAAGAAGGCAGAGCAGAAGCAGUUCUUCUUGGAAGAGAAGGCAAUCCGAACCAAAUGCUCUAGAUUAGAAAAGGAACUGACGGAACUCCGUGGCCAGCAGAGUAAUGUUUUUACUGUUUAUGGACCGUGGGUUCCAGAGGUGUUGAAGCAAAUUGAUAUUGCACACAAAAAGGGAAUGUUCUCAGCAAAACCUGUUGGACCACUUGGUGCCUUUAUCAAGCUACGUGAUCAGCAAUGGGGCCAUGUAGCAGAAGCCAUUAUAGCAAACAGAAUCAAUAGCUUCUGUGUAAAUAAUCAGAAGGAUUGUCUUGUUCUCAAGCAGAUUCUGAGCAGAGUUAACUUUCAUGGAGCCCCAAAACCUAUCAUCACUGUUUCAAGAUUUAGAGAAAGAGUCCAUGAUGUAUCACAAUUUGAGGUGCAAUCAGACAGAUACCCAUCUCUCUGGUCAGUAUUAAAUGUGAGUGAUACUGUUGUAGCAAACACGCUCAUAGAUCAGAUGCAAGUGGAAUCCACCUUACUUAUUCCAACAGCACAAGAAGCUGGACGACUUCUAAAAGAUCAGAGAACCGUACCAAAAAAUUGCAAAGUUGCUUACACUCUCAAUAGAGAUAUUUACCACCCUGAUCCAAACUAUCGGAUCUAUUCAGGAAGAGGGCAACAACCAGCUCGUUAUCUGCAGGUCUCAGUUGAACAGAAAAUCAGUGACCUUCAAGCUGAAAUUGAAAGUACGCGGGAAGAAUUAAAGACACAUUCACGCAAGGCACAAGAAUAUCAGGCCGAGAUGAAAGAACUUGAGAAUGAGAUUCACAUAUCAAACAGAAAGUUGCAGAAGGAUAAGGUAAAGAUUGCACAGCUUCGAGGACAGGUUAGAGUGCUCCAGGACCAAGAGGAACCAGCUCCUCCUGAUGUAUCUCAGUUGGAAGAAGACAUCAGGCAACAGGAGGUUUUACUAGAAAGUGCUCAAACUCAUGCUGAAGAACUUAAAAAUUUAGUAAUUGAAAGUAAAGAGAAAUAUCAAGAAGCCUCCUCCAAAUAUGAAAUACUAAGACAAGAGCAGCAUAAGUUUCUACAAGAAGCAGAAAACAUUAAGAAAAAUGUGAGUCAGUGUGAACAACGGACAAACAGGCUACUUCAGGCUUUAGAAGGUUACAAAAAGAAAAAGAAAGAGACGCAGACCAGAAAAAAAGAUUUUGAGGCAGAAUUAAAAGAAGCAAGAGAGAACCGCGAAAAGGAAUCAGAAAGAGCCAAGAAUUUUGAACCUCGUUUUGAAACAACCCGGAGUGCUAAAGAUGUAAAUAGUCAGUACAAAGCUCUUGAAGCAAGAUUAAGCAAAGAGGAAGCUGAAAGAGGUGACCCAGUAGAAAUAGCGCAGAAGUACAAGGAAGUCCAACAGAGGUACUCAGGCAUCAUCAAAGCACUAGAGGGACAUUCCAAUCUUUUAGAGCUUAUACAGCAGAGUCUCGAGAAAAGACAACAAGAAUAUGGAUGUUUCCGGCGAUUUACAUCCAUAAUGAUAAAAUCAUACUUCAGAAAUAGGCUAAGUUUUCGCAAUCUUCAUGGAUCAUUACACUUCGACUUUGAAAAGGAAAUCCUAACAAUGAGGGUUGUCAAGUCAGGAAGUAAAGGUGAUCAUGAUACAGUUAGUGAGCUACACAAAAACAAAAAGAGUGAGAAAGGUGCACAGCAGACAUUAGCCAUGAUGUCAGGAGGAGAACGGUCCUUCUGCACUGUGUCAUUCAUCCUGGCUCUCUGGGAAGUUAUGGACUCGCCAAUAAGAAUUCUUGAUGAAUUUGAUGUUUUUAUGGAUAUCGUAGCAAGAAAGCAAAGUAUGGACAUGAUGAUUGAUAUUGCAGAUUCCAAGACUCAGUACAUUUACCUUACACCAUUGGAACUCAAUAAGGCAGAACAUCCAAAUGUUAAUAUAUACAGGAUGCCUGAUCCAGAAAGAAGAGAGGAAGAUUAGAAAACAAAUUCAUCACUUUGAUGAGAAAGGUUGUCUGUGCAGAUAAUCAUCAUUACAAUGAGAUUCAGUGUUAAAAGAUCACCAUCAAUAGAAUGAUGUGAAUGGCAAAGACAAAAUAUGUGGUUCAAAUGACUAGUAUAAUAUAUGUGCGUAUUUAUGUAUGCACAUACAUAGUACGUAACAUACUUCUUGCCCCAUUUUCUUUCUUUCCACUGGGAUUUAUGCUCUAACAAAGGAUCAAGAAGAAAAUUUCCUAACCAAGUACUUCCAAAGUCAGUAGACUUAUUAAUUCUUAGCAUUUUGGUUUUGUUAUAACUUUUGACAUUAUUAGUAUUACUAUUGAUUUUAAUAUUAUGUUUUAAUCAUAUUAGAAUACUGUCAUAACUAGAGAAAAUGAAAUGAAAGUGGAAGGGAUCAUGAAUAAUUUAAUUUUUAUAUUUUUGUUAGAACAUUAAAUUGACACAUUAAUGGUUAGAAAUUGUAAUGUAAUAAGGUACAUGUUUCAUCUAUGUAGUUUGCUUAUAUUUUCCAUUCACAACAGUUUCUGUAAUUUGUAAUUUAACUUAGAUUUUAGUCAGAAGUAUGUUGCUGUUAAGCUUGUACAUUUAUUAUAUAUUGAUUCUGAAUUUUGCCUGUUUAUCAUUUUUUUAUGAAAAAGUAGGAGAAAUAUAAAUAUGAUUAAGUUAAAAGACUUGAAUCUGUACUUUGCUCAAACAUUAUUUUGUAUUCAUUUUUUUUUUUUUUUUUUUUUUUUUUUACAAAAUUCACCAACCAUUCAACCAUGUAUUUGUAAAUCUUUAUAGAUACUCAAGUGGAAAAAAGUUUGAAAAUAAUUGGAUAAAACCAACUCAAGAACAUGGUAACCUAUGCAAUCCCUCUCCUACCCCAGUUUAUAUACCUAAAUCUGUAUGUUCAAGAACUGUGGCCUUACUUUAUAUCUAAAAAUGUCUAAAAUUUAUAUGCUUGAAACAUUGCUUGAUAUAGACUUGUAUGAAUAUUAUACCCUUGGGAGGGAUAACAGUUGUAAUUAAAUCAUCACUUAUUUACUGUUGUUAGUCAUAGCUGGAGAAAUAUUUUAGACAAAGGGACAUAU